AUCCUGGUGCAUGUUAAAGAGAAUAAUUUCUUCGGUAAGUGUUAAGGGAUGUGCCCAGUAUAAGAAAUGAUCAUGAUAAUGCAAUAAUGUGCAUUUUGCCUAAUGUGUCCCCAUUAAACUAUAAAAUGAUGUUAACACAUAUCACUUUUUAGUGUCUCAAAUAAUCAAAUCUCCCUAAGAAGGGCAUAAAAAGGUAUGUACCCUUUAUAAUAUUAUUUUAUAUUAUUACACAACUUUAACAAAUAACCAUAGUAAGUCCACUUAGUAUAAUAAAACCAUGGUUAAUUUCCCAGGACGUUUUGGCAUUUUGAUUAUCAUGGAUAAAAUAUAGUUAAUUCGUAAAUCUAUGGUUAAUUUUAGCAAGGGACAUACUGUGAAUAUGUCUAUGUGUAACUAUGUUACUUUUUCAAAUGGAUUUUCAAACAACCGUUUCAGUAACAAACAAUAAUUACAUAAAAGUUCGUCACAAUACGAACAAAUAAUAAUAAUAAACAAUUUAAAUUAAAUAAAGGGUUACUAAAGGAUCCUGCUGAUAGCCAAUGACAGUGUCUCCGUUGUUCUUUACGUUUCUUCUGAAUAAAUCCAAGGGGCGGUCUUCGCCGAGUGCUGCAGAUAUCGAGAAGGCGUAACGUUAUUUCUCCUCUGUGGAGUGUUUUAUGCCGAAGACAUGCGCUACCAAUAGUAGCUAUCUUUUAGAAGCGGCUCACGUAUUUAUUUAAGCGGUGCAAUCUGUCCAGUGUGUUUGGAGGGGAUGGGAUCUUGGGAUAUGGGCCGUGCAUGGGAACAGCAAGAACCGCUUCUUUACAAUUAACGUUAGAUCUACACCGGAUACCGGGAAAUGAACCACGCACGAGCAGCGAGCGGGGUACUAUCUAUAAGAGAAGCUGUCAGCAUAAAUAUCUGAUAUGUUUAAUCUGAUUUGAUCCCUUGCAUUGAUAGCAUUGAUAUUCUCUAUGUAUGGCCGUUCUGUCAUCAUGAUAUCGGGGGUGUGAAGGGGCGCGCGCGUGAGCCGCAUCCGCGCGACCUGCAUCUCAACAUGACAGCAAUGUAUAGAAAAGGAAGGAUACCAAGCAGGAAGACCUGUGGUUAUCCAGGAGACAUUUUAUCAGGGUCAGAUGGCCUGUCUUGAAUAAGAAACGUGUGAAAAUGGAGAGCUCUGGUUCAAGGAUGGAACUGAGGAGCCCGCGGCGACUGCUCGGAUGUUGCGCACUUCUUCUCGCCGCAGCGAUGUUGGUGGGAUAUGUUGCAGUGGAGCUCCCAUCCAACAUGUCCAGAAGGAGCCUCAAACAGCUUCCAACAAGAACACAUUCACCUCCUGCCUUAUCUUCUUCAUCAUCAUCAUCAUCAUAUUCUUCUCAUCAAUCUGAGAGAACCAGGCGUCCAGCUUAUACACCUCCAGGUGCCAAACAUCCAUCAUUCCCUGGACGCCAUGACAGUGCCUCCAGCAUAGAUCCCACCCCGUCCCUCGGUUCCGAAGGGUCGGGUAACUUAGGUGAUGGGGCCCAGGGUAUACACCUGCUAUUACGACCCCCAGACCUUCUAACACCCAGCCAGAUGCCUCCCCUCCAUGACAACAGACCACCGACACCAGCCCCCCCAACCCUGGUGCCACCCGAAGACCAGUAUCCUGUCCACUCCGCAGAGGUGGACUGGGGCUCUGGAGACUACCUUGAAACUCUUACUUUCAUGGGAUCAGAAGGGGAGGAGUUUUCUCUCGUCACCACCCUUCCUACGCAUGGAUACGAUUUGUAUGAUACGGAGGAUGAUGCCACGGUCAGCUACAACACAGCUUUCCCCUCUCGCCCCGUCCUGCCCCUCUCGUCAAGAGACCUUCAACCCAGCGUUACUGUAAAAUAUGGGACUAACUUAAGGACGGCCCAUCCUACCGAUCCCCGCCUCCCAUUGUCUCCUGACUCCGCCCAUGCGAGCGAUAUGGACGAUGAUUUGGAUUUCGAUUGGGCGGAGCUUUUUCCCAUUGAGCCGACUGAAAUGCUGCUUCCUGAUAUGAACAGUCUGGAAUAUUACAACACAUUGCAAGCCAAAGAGAAUGCUAGUAUUGUGAGGAAUAGGACGCACCCUCAUAUUAUCCCUACGCACACUAUGGGACCCACCCACACUCCCACUGCAACUUUGGGGAAAAUCCCGAUUGAAAUUGACUGGACAACUCCUCAAACUAUUCCAUCAGUAACCCCAACUCCACCCCAAAAACCUACAAAGCCUCCCAUUCCAUCAACCAGCGAGACCCACCGGCCUCCUGAAGGCCCAGAGAAGGGUGUUCCUUCCAUACCCACGUCCCAUGUGGGCAAAACCCGAACAUUGCCAACCGCCCUUCCUCCACCCGGCACCUUAGAGGGUCCAGUAAUACAAGCCAUUACACUGAAGCCCCCUGCUACCAAACCCCGUAUUACCACCAUCAAAACCACCACCACAACUACAACCACAACCACGGCCACCAAAAGCCCACCGCCUACAACUCCCAGGAUUCCUCUGUCCAUUGCACCCCGACAGAAUGUCUGCAAUAUCACCAAACCGGACAUGUACCUAGUCAGAGUGGGCAUGCCUAGUGGGUCAUCGGUUGCGUUUGCCAAAGCUCAUGUGCGGGAGAUCCUUCGACGAGAGUUCAACCGUUCAGUGGAGCUCCAGGUCCUCAAAGCCCCGCCCAAUUUCAUCUUCCGGGCAGUUUCCGGUCCACUGGUGUACACUGCUAUCUCUGUCAUUAAUGCUCUCCGUCAAUCAGCGCACAGCACUUCCUCUUCUUCCAUUCUUUCCGUCACAACUAUAUAUGCAGUGCCUGAUUACAAACAUCAGGUCCACACAGUGCUGCAGUUUGUACCAAGUCAUGUGGAUGUGCGUCUGUGUAGUUUCAGCGAGCGUGUAGAGAAGGGGCUACUCAUGGCGUACGCGGAAGUACGCAAACGCUCACAAGAAAAUGGAAAUUUCACAGUUCAUAUUGUAAAUAUCACUAGUAGCCUUCCUAAGGGUCAGCGGCAGCAGAAAGCACCGGUGGACAUCACUUUUGCUGUGCGUGAUUCUAAAGGCUUCCUAAUGGGAUCAGAUGUGAGUGGUCACAUGAGGCAGCUCAGCGCUGUGGAGUUCAGCUUCUACCUUGGUUUUCCAACCCUGCAGAUCGCUGAGCCUUUUCAUUAUCCUGAACUGAAUAUGUCCCACCUGUUACGCACAUCCUGGGUGAAGACAGUGUUAUUGGGUGUGUUGGACCAGCGUGUGAACGAGAGGACUUUCCAGGCCAAAAUGGAGAGGCGAAUAGCACUGCUGGUUGGAGAGGGACUUGGGAUCGGGGUUAGCAGUCGGCGAUGGAGAAGAGCUACUAGUAUUGGCAACAACAGUGUACAGAUCGUGCGGACGUCCCGUCUGAAUGGCCCGGACUACCCGCUGGAGCUGGUGUAUUUUGUGGAAGUGGGGUCAGGAGAAAGGCUGCCAGCUCAGGCCACUGCGGCCAUGCUCAACAGACUGAACCUGCAGAGAGCCGCCAUCGUACUGGGCUACAAAGUACAUGGAAUUCUGGCCACACCGGUGGAGAAGCUAGCCCUGCCGCCCUCUGAGACUCAGCCCAGUAACGUGUGGCUGAUCGUAGGAGUUUUGUUCCCAGUUCUUGUUGUCAUCCUCAUCAUCAUCAUCCUCUACUGGAAACUGUGCCGUUCUGAAAAACUUGAGUUUCAGCCAGAUGCCAUGAGCACCAUCCAGCAGAGACAGAAGUUGCAGCCUCCCAGUGUUAAAGGCUUUGAUUUUGCUAAACUACACCUGGGGCAGCAUAGUAAGGAUGACAUCAUGGUAAUCCAAGAACCCGCCCCUUUGCCGGCGCCUGUUAAAGAGGCCACACCCUCAGAGGGCGGAGAAUUGAACACUCCUAAAUCAAAGAGCUCAUCUACAAAAGCAUCCCGUGGAGCACGCAGAAGAGGCAGGUUGUCUCCAUCUGAUGGAGAUUCAUUAGGAAGUGAAGCAUCCAGCGGUAGAGAAUCAGCCGAGGAAAGCACCAGACCUGCUGUGACACCAAGUGACAACAAACCUCAACAUCGCAAGAGCAAACAUUCAAAAAACAAACUUGGUGCUCAACCCGGAAGUAGUGUGGAUGAGCAGUUGUCUUCAUCAUCCAUAUUUGAGCAUGUGGACCGCCUCUCUCGAGGUUCGUCAGACGGAACACGCAGAGUCUCCAAUAAGAUCCAGCUCAUCGCCAUGCAGCCCAUGCCAAGCCCUCCCUCACAUCCACAUAACCAGGCCCUGAGUCCCAACCUGACAGACAACAUGCCUGACGGAGCAGAGGUCAACAGUGAGAUCCAAGUGGCCUUACGGCAUAAAUCUGAGAUCGAACACCAUCGCAAUAAGAUCCGCCUGCGGGCGAAGAGAAAGGGCCACUACGAGUUUCCCUCCAUGGAGGACAUCAUGACAGCGUUCUGCGACAGCUCCGAACAACACCGAGUGUAUCAACAAGCUCAGGAACAGAUACACAAGAUCCUGCAUCCUGAAGAAAACACACCUUCAUCGUGCAGAGAGCCACGAAAAAGCUCUAAGGGAAGACGCUCUCCCAGACACAGACAAAGACAGAAUUUGAGUGGAAGCGGAAGUUUGAGAGACAAAGAUCGCCUGAUUUCUGAUGGAGAUGCCACGUAUAGGAAGUACCCCGGGGUCAACAAUGUGGCCUAUGUGUCCGAUGCAGAUCAGCUCCCAGAUGCAGGAAGCCCUUCUCCUACUGAUGAGGUGUUUUUAGACCCUGGAUCGCCGCCGUCUGACCUCGCCCCUGCCCCACCCAGCUACGUCCCUCCUCAGCCAACCAUAGAAGAAGCCCGGCAACAGAUGCACUCCUUAUUGGAUGACGCAUUUGCUCUGGUCUCACCUUCUUCUCAAGGAAGCCCUGCUCCUCUAACAUUCACUGGCGUUACGGCGGUCCCUGGGGUCGGAGCAAUCAGCCCCGGUCAACCCUCAAGCCCAUCCUUACGUCCUUCACGCCAGUGGGUCUCCUCUUCUUACCCAGAAGCCCCUAUACACAGUCCUUUCUCUGCGAGGUAUGCUGAGUUAGGAAUGUCUCCCACAUCGGUUCAAGGUUUACUGCAGAGCCAGACCCAGGGCUCUGGAUAUGUGGUGUCAGCAGAGAUGCAGUCAGAUCCUGGAUACUCCAGCAGGGGGCAGUAUGGAGAAGAGAUGCCAUCGUCUUCUCGGCCACGACCAGUAGGGGGCAGCACAGGUGCACAGUUGCAUCAGCUGACACAAGUGGGCUUGUCAAGUCGGAUUGGACUGUAUCCUGGAGUUGGCCGUAGUGUAUCUGGACCUUCAGGAUCAAGCUGGGCCCAUUACCGCUCAGAUGAGGAGAUUUCCAGACCAGGAUCCAACCGAGAGGCUAUACUGACAUUCCCAGAGUACUCUUCAUCACCAGUUUUCCAGAUUCCUAGGAUGACCCUACAGGAUCCCACAACACCCCAGGGUCACCUGGAUGCCUCGAGCACUGGGUACAUCGCCCCUGAGGAGCGUUCUCCACCCCCCCAAUCCUCUGCCUCUCUCAUCAAGGCUAUCAGGGAAGAACUCCAGAGACUUUCUCAGAAACAGGCUGCUGUUGUCAGCUACCAGAGUUGAAAAAGACCAUCCCAAAAACCCCAGCCCUGGUGAACUUCCCAAUGUACCACAUAAACAAACUCACAAAUACCAACACAUCUCCAUGGAUGAGAAGCUGCUUUACACAGGAUCCAAACCGAAAUCUUCAAAUUCAAGUACGGCUGGUCUGUUACAUAUGAAGAAUUACUCGCAAUCUUCCACACUGGUGUUGCCAAGACAUCCACGAUUUAAAUUCCACUGCUGACAUGCAGAAAAUAAACUUAAGUACUCUCUUCUAUAAUUCACAAAGAAAAAAAACACAUGUCCAGACUGUUUAGAAAGUAGACAAAGUUUCCGCAUAUUCAGACUCUCAAUUUGCAUGCUGAGAGCUGUGACAGUAGUUAAUGUGAAAAUACCUUCCCUUUAGUUCCAUGGCUCUCAAAGUGCUUCCUCCAAAUGGGUCAUCUUCAUGUCUCUGGAUUUCCUCUGGUGCUAAUACCACAAUUCAUUCCUGCCCAAAAACUUUCCUUUUCCUGUUCUCCCAUUUAUCCAAGACGGCUUAUCAAGUGGAAAAUGUGCUCUGUUCCAAAACCUAGUGAGCUGCUCGAUGUGAAAUCGGGUCCAAAGGUCCACUUAAUCAUGUUCGCUUAAAAGAUACAUUUAAGCUAAAUAUGUUUUGGUUAAAUAUGUUUUAACCAAAAAGUUAUAUUUUAUUUGAUAAUAUUCAUUAAAACUAGAUAUUAUCUAUAUAUUAUCAAUUUAUGUAUUUUUAUACUCAUUGUAUCACAUUGUUAGCUUAGCAACAUGCUAACAGGUCAAACCCUAAACAGAGCAAGAAAAAUGUUGAUUAUAAAGUAUUAUUUCAUUCAGUAACGUUCAUAAAAACAUUAAAUAUAUUAUUUUACUCAAAGUUUGUGAGUAUUAUGUAUUUUUAUACUUAUUUAAAAUAUCAUGCCAUUAGCUUAGCAACAUGCUAACGUCAAACCCUGGCCAGGGCAAGAAAAAUGUUGAUUAUACUUUGUAUUCGAUAAGCUAUAUUUAAUUUGAUAAUGUUAAUAAAACCAACGUGUGAUAUUGUUUAAGUUUGUACUUAUUUGAAUGUCAUCUCUCAUUAGCUUACAAACAUUCAAAAUUGGGAUGGGACAAGAAAAAUUUUUAUAAGCUAUAUGUAAUUCGAUAACAAUCAUACUUCAAAUGUGUUUUGUACCCAGGAUUUGCAAGUACUGUAUAUUUUACUUAGGCCAAAUAGAAUAACACACUGUUAGCUUAGCAAAAUGCUAAUGUAAAACUCUAGACGGAACGAGAUAUAUUAUGAUUAAAAUGUAAUAACUCAUUCAAUAACAUAAAAUCUUACAUUUUUACCCAACAUCUCUGAGUAUUUCUAUAUUAAUUAGAGAAUCACGCCAUUAGCUUAGCAACAUGCAAUUGAAAUCAAUUGCAAAAUCGAGUCUGUCUGUGAUGAAGUUAAGAAUAAGCCACUCAUUAGGUUCCAUGACACUGUCUUUGUAGACAGCUGUAGCUCACUAGGUUUUUGAACAGAGCUAAUAUCUGUCACGGUCUUCAGGUCUUGUCUUACAUUUGAGCUCUGGCAAAGUCCUUUCUAUAAACUGUCUCUGGCUUUGGUUAGUUCAGACUCUGCGGGGGAGGGAAGAAGAGUUACUGUUGGGAUCGUAAACACUGAAGUGAGUUUCUGAGUCAGCCCACAUGUGGAGAUGAUUGACAUGCGGCCUCAGCUGCUGACCAGCAUGGUUCCCAUACCGAUAACAUCAUAUUAUUUUGUCCAACCCGUCUGAAUCUGAGGAGAGGUAUCAAAGCAAGCGUUCACGAUGCCCGUGUUUAUUCUUUUAAGCUCUUUUUGCAAGUGGGUAUUGAAUAUUGGCUGUCCAAUCAGUUCUUUUUAACGUAGUUUCUAAGUUUAUGCAUAUUCAUUUUGCACAUUUUCUCAUCUUUGCACAUUCAUAUCAUUAUGAUGAUGGAAGUCAAUCAGUUAAAGAGUUUAGUGGAAAAGAGAGACAACUAUACAGUAACUAUAUAAAGAAAGAUACAAGUGAGUUCAUAUACAAAUAUUAAUGUAUUAACUCACUGAGCACAAUCUGAUUAUAUGUUAGAAUAUAUGUUAAGCAUAUUAGAUUGUAUUUAUUUUAUAUUGUUAUGAAAGUGUAAUGUUUUAAAGGUGUGGGAAAAGUGUUGCUAUGGGACUAAAAAAACAAAAGACCAAAUCACUGUUGAGGCAUAUAGUUCAUUUAGCUUCGUAAUUCAGUAGGCAUUUUCAAUGUAUUUUCAUGUAUUUGGUCAUGUGGAUUUGCACAGAGGUAUUGUAACGAUUCCUAUAAGAAAAUGAGUUGAGGUUUAAGGCCUUGAUCAGUAAUCUGUUUUAAAUCUUUAUCCUAUUUUUAUUAAUCUCUUUAUUUUUUAGUUUAGAUUUUUUUUUCUAAGUAUUAUUAUUUAAUUUAUUUUUUUUACUGGGUUUCCACAACUGGAAAUAUCAUUGAAAAAUUAUGUUUGAAAAUUGUUCAUUAAAAGAUCAAAUCUGAUGUAAUUAAUAUAAUAUUUUCUAGAGUCCUACAAGUUAUUUUAUUAACUUGAAAUAGUUUUUUUGCGAGUGCAAUAAAAUGCUUUUAAAAAUCCAUAUCCAUUAAUCACAAAUUACUUCAAAGUUUAUGGGACAAAGAGUUGUGGAAACCCAUUUCUUUCUUCUUUUUUAUUUCUUUCUCUCCUUAAUGUUUCUGUUUUCUUGCUUCUAUCAUUUUCCUUCCUUCGUUCUUUCUGUUUUUCUAUCGAUCAUGACUCCUGGAAGGCCUUAAAUCGGGAUGCAUGUGAAGUAAUGGAUUACGCUUUAUUUCUUCCUUGUUUAUUUUGUGUGCUAAUGUCUAGAUGGGCAUGCUAAUAAUCUAAAAAUAUUGAAAAAUACAAACAAACUUGAUAGAAUUUAGCCUACAUUGAAAGACUACUAUGUAAUGGUUUAUGAGACUAAAAACCAGUGGUCAAAGCACAGAGAAACCACCCUGAUCAUCAUCAAAAGAAAAAAAAAAGUAUUUUAUAAACCUGAAUAAUAUUUUUGAAAGUAUUUAAAAAAUCAAUAUUUACGACUAAAAUAUAUCAUAUAAAAAGUGUAUUAAUAUGUAAAUGGACAUUUCUCCAUAUUUAAAUAUUCAGUAUAGUCUAUAGUUGACCAGUAAGAGGCAAACAUCAUUGGUAGACUCUCUUUCCCACUGCAAAGACCAACUGGGAUUUAUAUUAUAUAUAUAUAAUUUUUUUUUUUUUUUUUUUUAUUUUUGCUUAUUUCUUGAACUGUAUGCAUUAAUAAACGACUAGGUUGAGAAUAAGUGUCAUAUUUACAGUCAUUUGAUUAACAUGGUGCUACUCAACGUGUGUGUGUGUGUGUGUGUGUGUGUGUGUGUGUGUGUGUGUGUGUUUGUGUGUGACUCUCUGAAACCAUCAAAACCUUACAGCACUGAACUAACCUUAAUCACAUUUAUAGCAAUUUCAAUGUACAAAUUCUGAGAUUAACUGAAUGCAACGUGCGUGUGUGUGUGUGUGUGUGCGGGCAAUAGUAUACCUCCCCUUGUCCCUAUGUCGGUGCCAUAGAGGAUGUUAUAGGAAUGUAAACGAAGUCUUACAGAAAGUCAAUUUUUCAUUUCAUAUAAACUACCUGAAAUCUAACAAUAUUCUCAUCUUUUUGUUGAAGAUGCUUACACCGUCUUUGUGAUCCUAUCGGGAUAUGUAGCUAUAUUCCUCUCAUUCUGUCUUAUUUCUUUCUCUCUUGGUCUCUCCCAACUGCAUCCAAGUAUUUGAUGUUUAAUGUCUCUAUAUUGUUGUGUAAAUUAAUUAAUAAACAAUGUGCCGUCAA